AUGCCCAGCAACCGCCUCAACAAGGUGCAGAAGCACAUUACUAAGAAGAAGGGGAAGAACCCUACUUUGCACGAAAACAGUCGCGACAAUCGUCGUCUACAGAGCGCAGCACAGAGAGAUGACAAGCUCAAUCGGCUGGCGGCAGUCAGGGAAAAGCAGAAUCGACCUUACUUGCUUCGGACCAAGUCCUUCCAGUCUUAUACCACGGAGCAUGAAUCCCCCCUCACCGUCUCCGACAUUCAACACAUGAUCGAGGACUACCUUGGGCGGGACGACGAAGAGCUAGCGACUCUGAAGGCUGAGCGACGUCCGGGACGACCACCAAACACCCGCGAAACACUGUUGAAGCAGGCGCAAGCCACUGAGCAAGGCGAAUACGCAUCUGGAUUCUGGGUACCAGACCUAGAUGAUUUCGACAAUCUGAAGAAACUCAAGGACUGGAACGGACAAUGGUCGAGCCUUGCCACGCUCAAAUUUGCCAGAAUCGCGAAAGAUGGCAACAAACGGGAAUCAAGCUUCCCUCCCAAAGGCCUAUCCUGA